AUGGAAGUAGCACAGAAGCCCAAUGGCAUAGCCAACGGGAAGCCUCAGUCCUCCCUUUCCACGCAAUACGGUGGUGUCCAUGCCGGAGGAUGGGUGGACUACCUUCCUUCUUCCUUUGUCCCGUACAUCCAGCUCUGUCGUCUGAGUCCCCCUGUUGCCUUCUUCAUCAUCUUCUUUCCGCAUUUCUUUGGUGUAGUCCACGCUGCCAGCAUCCGACAAUCUUCCAUCGAAGAUGUUUUGCGCGUCUCCCUCAUCCUGCUGGGUGGGAGCUUUUUCUGCAACAACGCCAGCCACGCCUGGAACGACCUCAUAGAUGCUCCCGUUGACAAACUGGUGGCGCGCACAUGCACACGCCCCAUACCUCGUGGAGCCAUUACCCCCCGUGCCGUAUUCAUUUUCACCUGCAUCCAAGCCCUCGCCGCCGCAUCCUUCCUCCUGCUACUUCCCAGCGGUACCAGACUGGCUACCGUGCCCACCAUCAUCGGGACCACAUACUACCCCUAUGCGAAGCGACAUACCAAUUUCCCACAGGUGGUGUUGGGAUUCUUUCUGACAGGGGGAAUCAUGAUUGGAAGCUCGGCUAUGGGGGUUUUUGAACCGUGGAUAGACAAAUCGACCCUGUCCCUAUUGAUGGCCUCCAUUCUGUGGGUGGUCAUCUUUGACACGGUUUAUGCCCAUCAGGAUCUGGAGGAUGAUCUGAAGGUCGGCGUGAAGAGCACCGCGAUUCUCCUCCGGAACUAUGCGCGUCUAUUUCUGUUUGUCUUGUACCUGGCUAUGAGUGCAUGCGUCUUCGCCUGCGGGUAUUUUGCCAACAUGAGCCUGGCCUUCUUUUCCGUUACGGUGGGCGGAUGUUUCCUCUCCGUCGGGGCGAUGGUUUUCUUGGUUGAUCUCAAGGACUCGGCGAGCUGCUGGUCGUGGUUUUCGCAAGGGUUCUGGAUGACUGGUGUCGCCAUCUCGGGUGGGUUGUUGGCGGAGUAUGUCUCUCCGCUGAACGGAAGUUUCUGGUAA